AUGUUCCGCCGCUACCCUGUCAUCGUCGUCGAUCACUGUGACCGAGAAUGGCAAUUGAUUAACCGCGGUAGGCCUUCCAGACGUAUCGAUUUUGAUACGUUUAUCUUAUAUUCCGUAUCUCUCUUUUCGAUGUUCUUUAUUCAAGCCGAGAUACCUGACAGCGGACCGGAAGUAGAAGAAGUCAACAAAAAACGAAAAUAUAAACUUCGAAUGUUUAUAUAUUCGAUCUUCCAUCGAUAUGAUGAUUUGAUUGACCGUUUUUGUGGGCACGAAUACGAAACCGCGAGAGAGGCGCUCACGACUGUCUACAAUAGAGCAGGGAUUCGCCCCUCCGAAGAAUCGAUCGUUAUUGUUGAUCGAUUUUCCAAGAUUAUCAGUGACAAUGAGACCAUUUCCAGAGUUUACUCUCAUUGUGCUUGCGCUCCAAAAAAGUCCGGCGCCUUUUAUGAUGGUGAUGAUACGAUUGAAAGCUUUGUAGACCAAGAUCACGUAUUUCGUUGGGCUUGUUCCGGAUUAGCUUUAGGUGCCAUGUGUUUAGAGAGCCAUGAGAAAGUGUGUUGCGGAGUAUGGUGA